ACGAAUAAGAGCGCAAGAGAAGAAGAGCAAAAACAAGAGGAUUUUUGACAAUCGUUCUGUAGAUUCAGUGCUUCAGAUACAUUCGUAUAGAACAUUUGUAUCCAUUUCAAAGCAAUUGCGUUUUUUUUUUAAAUUCUUUUGAGGAGAUUUUUGCGUCAGCAGUGAACAAUAACUUUAAAAUUUUAAAUUCACACUUGAGAUUCAAUUUGUAUAGAUUAGUUUUUCGUUUGUGGUGAAAACAAACAAAAAUAAUAAAAACAAAACCCACUCUCCGUGGAUGUUAUGUGAUCAAUUUUCGUGCGUAAUUUGCAAAAAAAAUAGUGACCAAUCCAAAUAUAAAAAGCUCAUCCAACACCAUUGCAAUACAAUGCAGUGAAACAGAGAGAAGAAGAAAAAUUGCACAAAAAACACAGCGAAGUGAAAAACCCAUUUCGAUAUAAAAAAGCGAAAAAAAAAAUUCACCGUAGCACGUAGAAUUUUUAUUCAUGGAUAAUGCGUGUUCGUUGCACAUUAACUUUGUGUUAAGUGGAUAGAAAUGCGUGCAUUCAUCUAAGAGAAUAUGUAAACGAGGGUGAUUAAUUCUCGCUCGAUUCAUUUUGAUAUUUGGUCGCAGUUCUACUUUUAGCAACGCAACAUUUUGAAACAUUGAAUACGGGGAAAAAUCAAUUUUAAAAUUGCCCAUAUUAGACACACAUAUAACUGCGAUAGCGAGCUGUAACAGUAACGGUUGUCAGAUUCAAAUGACUUUGAAAUGAAACUACAGAAAUUGUUAUAAAUCUAAUUAUUACCGCAGUUCGAAAAGAAGGUAACACAAAAAAAACGAAAAGAAUAGACUUAUUAAAAGACAUAGAAUAGAAUGGCUGACGAAUCGGAAGAGGCAUGUUUGGUAAAUCCAAAAUCUCCAUUAAAUUGUGGUCAAAUGCCAUAUACCGAUGGCAUUAAUUCGGCAUCGACCACAUCGAGUGCAGCUGGUUCACAUUCGUUUCCACAAGCCCAAGCAACUGCAACGACGACGACCACGACGACAACACAUCACACUGGACAUAAUACAACUAUAACCGCCAAUUCGUACGACAUAAACGACGAUAUCAUUUUGAGUCAAUUUCAUGCGGAUGCUAUCAAACAGGCUGGAUGUGGCAAAUUUCAAUUUAUCGCAAGUAUCAUUGUGGGUUUAGGUUUGGCUGGCCAUGUCAUUCAAGUUUAUUCAAUAUUCUACAUUUUGCCAUCGGCCGAAGUUGAAUACUGUAUAUUGGACGAUGAAAAAAAUUGGGUGAGCAAUAUUACGUUGCUUGGCAUCGGCUGUGGUUCACUGUUCUUCUCUGCAUUGGCCAGCAAAAAUGGACGAAAACGAACACUUUUAACUUGCCUCGCGAUCAGUUCCGUAUUUUCAGUGAUCGCCGCUUUCAUGCCGGCUUAUGGACCUUUCAUGAUGGUGAGAUUUUGUGCAGCAAUUGGAAUCGGUGGCGCUAUGCCAGCGGCUGCAAGUUAUCUAUGUGAAAUUACACCAUUAAGCUCACGUGCACGGGUAAUUGCAUUCCUAUGUACAAUAGGCAUUUCGGGUGGAAUAUUUGCGGGUGCCUGUGCAAUGGUUCUCAUCCCAUUGAAUGGUCAACAAAUAGUCAUUGAAAAUAAGAAACAUUUUAGUGCAUGGCAUCGAUAUUUAUUGCUCGUUUCAAUCAUUCCGAUCAUCAGCACGAUUUUAUUAUUUUGGGUUCCCGAAUCACCUAGAUAUCUACUAGCGAAUGGAAAUGAAGUAGAAGCUCUUGCAACAUAUCAGCAAAUUUACAAAACGAAUCGCUCACGUGGUGGUUAUGCAUUGACAGAGCUUGAGUUGCCUGGAGUUCGUGCCCGUCGUGUGAGUACACCGUCAACGGUGCUUGCAUCGAUGGUGCAUAAUGUUUAUGCAUGUUGCAGUACAUUUGUCCAAUUGUAUAAUGAAAAAUAUGGACGAACCACGUAUUUAUUGAUGGCAACAUGGUUUGCUUCCGUCUUCGUUUUUCACGGUCUAACAAUAUACAUAAGUGAAUAUUCGAAAGCAUUUGAAGCGAACUUUUAUUCACGUUUGACUAUUACUUAUACAAAUGUAACCUAUAGAGAUGAAAAUUUUCGUUCAUUGGACAACACAAUAUAUGAUCAGUGUCGCUUUGAAAAUUGUACAUUUCGACGAAUAUUCAUCAACCAUGUACUUUUCAAUAAUUCGACAUUUAAAUAUACCGAAUUUUCAAACGUUAAAACUUCGCGUACCGAAUUUCGAAACUCAACAUUAGACGAUAUCAAGUUCAUCGAUACAGAUGUCUCAGCGCACAAUUUCAUCGAUUGUAAGAUUAAUAAUACGAAAAUCGUUCGAUUGAAUGGUUCAUGUGACAUGGAUUUUGAUUAUAAUAUAUUCACAUCGUCUGUAUGGAAAUCAAAUCUUGGCGGAUUGAUACCGUGCAUUUUAGCCAUAUUGUCGGUUGGCGAAGCAAUACAGCGGUUGGGACGUGCUCCGGUUGCAUCGUGUUGUUUUACAAUAGCAAUGAUUUUGUGCUUCGUUCUGGGUUUCGUUGUUCAAGAUGAAAUCGUGAUUUGGAUUGGUGGCUGUGCACAGGGAUUCGUUUUGGCUGGUCUGACCACACUAACAUUAUUUGUCGUCGAAACAUAUACCACAGUGAUAAGAUGUACAGCUCUUGGAGUAUUCGUUUGCUUUAGUCAAAUUGGAGCUUUAUUGGGAUCAGGACUUUACAUACAUUUACCGGUUGUAUCGACAAAAGUUGCGGCAACUGUAUCUACAAUAUUCAUGACGAUACCAUUCAUUUCAUCAAUGGUACUUAAGGAUCCAUGUCUUCUUGUUUAAAACUUAAAAAAAAUAUUGAAUAUAAACACUAUUCAAUGUUUAAGAAAAACAGAUCAGCGGUUGGUACAUUGCCCACUGAUUUUAUGAUACUCAUAUAAAAAAAACGACAGAUACUUCUUCAAAAAGAUAUCAAAGCACACAAUUCAGCUCUUUCAUUCACACUGACAUUUUUUUUAAAGUCUGCUCAGGAAAGACACAUGCUUCAGAACAUUAACAUUCCAUAACAGUUACAAUUUUAGAUCCGAAAUAAAACUAUACGUUUUUUUAUGUCAAUUGAUAUGGACGUGAUGAAUCGCUCGAUAACAACAAAAACACUAAACCGUAAAAAUAACUUGUUGCAAAUAAUUUCCUUUCCUAUAAAUAGAAUCUAUAAAAGCAGCUUUCAACCGAUUUAAUACAUACACACAAUAAAUAAUGAAAAUCAUGUGUUUUUAUCGUCGUAUUGAAAUUUUACAAAAAAAAAAAACGAAAUAAAGAUGUUCCGUGCCGAUCGCAUUUAUUUCGAACUUCAAAAUCAUCGACAAAAAUAUUGAGCAAUAUUCAUAACAAAUCGCAACAAUUACAUAAAUUUGUUUGGUUUUUUCUAUCGUUCAAAAUGAAUAUAGUUUUUAAAGAUGGAACAGCAGUACACCUUUAUUUAUACGUUUCCACGUUACGAUGGCUUAUCGAGUGACUUUGAGGAAAAAAAAAAUCGAUUUCACAAGCGCAUGGCUGUUUUUACAUUCGCCUUGAAACAAACAAACAAAUCUAAUGUUAAUUAUUCCACAAAUUCAAUAGAGUGGCUAUAUAUAUAUAUAAAUAUAAACCAAUUGGAUCAUAUGAUAUUUGUCUACGAAGCAAUCAACUCUCAAGUGCUUAUGAAUGAAAAAGUAAUAAAGAAAAUUAUUGGCAAUGUCAAUAUGUUCAUCAAGAUGAAUAUCAACCAAAUGUAAUUAUUGUAUGUUUUAUGCAAGUAUUUAACGUGUUGUGAACCUUAAAACUUAAGAAAAUUCUCUAUUAUGUCUGUUGAUAUUUAAAUUAAGUAUAUUUCCGCAUCGUUUUUUCCAGGGUAAAUUUGGUGAUGGCAGCCAUUCAUUUCGAAUGAAUCUUACAGUAAUAUAUUGAACUAUUAAAUGGUCAGCUGAGCUAGUUAGUCAGCUAAAUGGGCUAAAACAAUAGAAGUUAUUUUUAUAAUGAUCAAUCACUUUUAUUGUUUUAUCCCAUUUAGCUGGCUAACGUACUGUCAGCUCAGCUGACCAGUUAGUUCAAUAUAUUGUCCGGAAUGAUCUUAUUUAGUUCGUUAUUUUUCUUCUUUCGUUUAUCGAUCGCAGCAUCGAGUUCAGUUUUGAUUCCCUCCAUUUUUAUCAAAAUUUCAAAGUAUACUAAUAUAAAUUACCUAUCUUUUUUGGCCAAAUAUCAUUUUAAUUAAUAGGAUACAUUUUUUAACCU